AUGGCGGGAUCGCAGCACCCCGCGGACGGCUGCUCCUGCCGCAACACCAACUGCGUGGAGCGGCCGCUGAGGCGGCUCUUCGAAGGGCUGGGGAGCGGCGUGGCUGCCUGCCCCUGGCCCUUCGUGCUGGUGCCGCUGCUGCUGUCGGGCGGGCUGGGCGCCGGAUUCCUCUUCUUGCCGCAGCGUCAGGACAACGAUAUCGAGAGGCAGUUCACACCGACCGGGGGGCCCGCCAAGGCCGAGCGCGACUUCGUGCGGCAGCACUUUCCCACCAACGACUCGGAGCACUUCUCCGUCUGGCAGCUGCCCACCGAGGGCGCCUACGCCGCCCUCAUCGCCGUGGCGGCGGACGGGAACUCGGUGCUGGCCGCGGAGGCGCGGCACGAUGUGCUGAAGUUGGACGAGGCGGUGCGCGCCCGCGGCUACGAGCAGCGCUGCGCCCGCAGCGGCGGCGUCUGCGCCAGCCCCAACCCGCUGCUGCCGCUGCUGUGCGACGCGGCGGUGGCCGCCCUGGGGGAGCUCACCUUCCCCGUGAGCGGCACGCUCUUCCUGGGCACCGCGCUGGGCGGCGUGCGGACGGACGCUGGCGGGCGGGUGCUGUCGGCGCGGGCGCUGAAGCUGGUGUAUUACCUGCGGGAGGACGGCCCCGCGGCGGCGGAGAGCCGGCAGUGGCUGGAAGAGUUCCUGCAGGCCGCCCCGGAGCUGGCGGCGAUGAACUUCUCCUCCAUUCAGGUGACUUACUUCACCUCGCUGUCCAGACAAAUGGAGUUUGAGGCAAACACCAGGAGUGUGAUCCCGCUCGUCUCCAUAACCUAUUUCUUAACAAUAACCUUUUCAGUCAUCUCCUGCCUAAGACUGAGCUGUAUAAGAAAUAAUGUCUGGCUUGCAUGCUGUGGAGUGGUUUCUGCCGGUUUAGCUGUGUUAAGCAGCUUUGGAUUGCUGCUCUUCUGUGGAGUGCCGUUUGUGGUCACAGUAGCAAAUGCACCGUUUCUUAUUCUCGGAGUUGGUGUUGAUGACAUGUUCAUCAUGAUCGCUUCCUGGGAACAAAGUUUGAGAAAAAAAGAUAAAUCUGAUGUUAAAUCUCUGCUGGCUGAGACUUACUCAGAAGCAGCACUUUCUGUGACCAUCACCACUCUCACAGAUGUUUUGGCCUUCUUCAUUGGCACCUGGACUGCUUUCCCAUCUGUGAGAUCAUUUUGUCUCUAUACAGGCACUGCCUUUGUCUUCUGCUAUGUAUAUACCAUGACCUUCUUUGGGGCAAUUAUUGUAUUAAAUCAUAAAAGGGAGCAAGGAAACCGUCACUGGCUAACUUGUAUGCCUGUGGGAGUAGAUAAAGAGCAGGCUAAGAAGUCCUGCCUGUACAAUGCUUGCUGUAUAGGUAGCUGUUCUGGGCAGUCAUCUCAGCCAGAAGGUGAACAUCCAAUGAGCAUGUUCUUUACAAAGUAUUAUGGCCCUUUUUUAACAAAUAAAUGGAUCAAGCCACUUGUGGCGUUGCUGUACGGAGCAUAUUUGGGUGGCAGUAUUUAUGGAUGUACUCAGAUCAGGGAAGGUAUCGAUCUUCGAAACCUGGCGAGUGAUGACUCUUAUGUUAUUGCAUACUAUGAUGACGAUGACAAAUACUUCUCAGCAUAUGGGCCCUGUGUCAUGGUUGUCGUUACUGAAAGUGUAGAUUACUGGAAUGAGACUGUUCGUCUUGGCAUUGAGAACUGCACACAGGAUUUAGAGGGCAUUUCCUAUAUAGAUAAGAAUCUUUCACGUUCGUGGCUGAGAGCAUACACAGAAUAUGCCAAACAACAGUCACUAAAUAUAAAUGAUAACGGUACCUUCAUUAGUAACUUAACUGGACUGUUCCAAUAUGUUCCCACUUUUGAGUGGGACGUUAACAAGACUCACGAUAAAAUAGAAGCUUCACGUUUUUACAUCCAGACGGUGAAUGUGACCUCAGCCAUUGAUGAGAAGAAUCUUGUAAAUCAGCUGAGAGAGACAGCCAAGCAGUGCAGUAUUCCAUUAAUGGUGUACCACCCAGCAUUCAUCUACUAUGAUCAGUACCUAGUAAUAGUGCAGAACACCAUCCAGAAUGUCAUCAUUGCUGCCGGGGCAAUGCUUGUUGUCUCUCUUUUGCUUAUUCCCAACCCAUUGUGUUGCUUGUGGGUGACUUUUGCUAUAGCUUCUGUUAUAGUUGGUGUUGCUGGUUUCAUGACAUUUUGGAACAUCAAUCUAGAUUCCAUAUCCAUGAUCAACCUGGUCAUUUGUAUAGGGUUCUCAGUGGAUUUUUCUGCUCACAUUUCCUAUGCCUUCGUUGUGAGUAGAGAGCCAUCAGCCAACGACAGGGCAAUCGAAGCUCUGUCCUUGCUAGGUUACCCAGUAUUACAAGGUGCAGUUUCUACUAUAUUAGGAGUAGUUGUCCUGGCUGCAGCAAAAACCUACAUCUUUAGGACAUUUUUCAAGAUAAUGUUCCUCGUUAUUUUGUUUGGGGCUCUUCAUGGUCUUGUUUUUAUUCCGGUGUUUUUAACCUUUUAUGGAAGCUUUUGUGGAACACCCCACAAGACCAAAUCUAAAACGGAAGCACCUAGGUAUAGAGAUGAUAAAGAUUGUCCAUGACUAAGUUAAAUGUAAAAUAUUUAUAUUAAUUCUGUGUAAAUGUAAGCAAAUAAUUUGUAAAAUACGUAUAUUUAUUAUGUGUAGAAUAAAAUGCAGUGACUUUCAGGGAAUAGAAGAAAUGGAGAAAAUGAAAGACAGAAAAAUAAAUACACCCGAAAGCAAAGGCUUCAGAAAAGCCAGGCAAGAAAAAACAACAGAAGAAAUGAAAACACAGAGAAUGGAUUUGCAUUUCUCAUUUUUGUGUGUGCUUGACUAACACCUUAAUGUUGUUAAGUAUCUUUUUGUGACUUGUUUACUGAAUGUCUUAAAAUUAUUAUAAACACUGACCACUGCAUCAGCUUUGUGGAUUAUGUUACGGGUUUGUCAGGCAAUGCACGCAGCAGGGAAUAACAACUCCCACAGGUUUGCAUUUCCUGCCUGUUUACCUUGAUGCUGUAACUCAGCCCAGCACUGAGCCUGGAGACAAUUUCCCCCCAAGAGGGGAGACUCAGACUUGGAGGUUUUACAGCAAGAUUACAAGUCAGAACUGCCUCGAACUGCAAUGAAUCGUAAGCCUUCAGGAGACAAAGUCCCCUUCAUAGGCUUCUAAUGCAGCAAGAGAAACUCUGAGGGAAGAAAAACUGACUCACAUUUUCUAUUAAAAUCUUUCUUUUCUUGGUGUCCUGUUUUGUAGCUAAGAUUAAACAUCAUAGAACUUUAAGAUGGUUGUGUGUCGCUGCUAUUGGCUGCAGUUUGCAAAGAGAUACGCUGUAGGUAAUUGAACUUGUGUGAACCUCCUGGGUGACCACAACAGCAGAAGCUGUGCAAUGGCAUGGCAGGGCAAGGAUUCACCAGAGAGAAUCACACCCUGACUGAGGACGAAGUGGAAAAGCAAUUCAGGUUUAAGCUUCAUAAACUCUAUUGUGGUCAGCAGUGACAGCCCAUCCUGUGACGUGUCAGUAGAACAGAGGAGCUAAGACUGAAGAGGUGGUCUUUUAACCUGUAGGUACAAGACAGCGGAUGAGAACUCAGUUCAUAGUUUGUCAUCAAUAUAAUGAGCUACCCCUUGGAAAUCAAAUGAAUGAUGGUAUCUGGUGUUUGUAAUUUUGGAAAAAUUGGUCUAGGAUUUAUUAAACCAUUCAGUUUAA